AUGUCUUGUCACCGGAAGUUCUGUCAGGUCUUCAAUAAAAAGAGCAGCAGUGCCGUGUCCAGUGCAAGUGGCCGAAAUGCAUUUCCAUCUUCUUCUAAUCAGGGUUCUGCUGCAAGAGAAGUUCAGAAACAUGAGGAGACUUUUGAGACUUUGCUGAAAUUGAGGUCAGAUGUCACCAACCUGAUCAGAGAUUACGAGAAGAGGGAAGUAGACAAGGUAGAAGAUGUCAUCAGACAACUGGAGAAGGAGAUCAUGGAGCUGAAAAGUAGAGACACUGAACUGACUAAGCUUUUAUCGAUAGAUGACCACAUUCACUUCCUCCAGAAACUCCCAUCUCUCUGUGUCCCUGUUGGAGAUGAAGAUGCACCCAUCAUCGCUAUUAAUGAAGACUUCCUUCCUGAGACUCUAAAGAAGGAUCUUUGUGAUCUGAAGAAAUACGUGGAGGAGAUGAGUGGCUGGGAGUUUGUGAAGACCACUGAGAUGGAUGUUGACCCUCCAGGUUACACCUUGCAGAAUCUGAAGAGCAGAAAUGGAAUUGGAAAAUACUCCUGUCCACUCACCCUGGACCCCACCACGGCAAAUCAAUGGCUUCGCCUGUCGGAAAGGAACGAGAAGGUGACAUUUGAGGAUACGGUGUCCCCAUGUCUUGAUUAUCCUGACAGAUUUGACUGGUGGUCCCAGGUUCUAUGCAGAGAGGCUCUAAGUGGAACUCGUUGUUACUGGGAGGUUGAAUGGAUGGGCGAAAAGGCAGAGAUUGGAGUCGCUUAUAAAGGAAUAGAACGGAAAGGCUGGGGUUACGACUGCCGCCUUGGUUUCAGUGUGAAAUCAUGGAUUUUGUCCUGCUCUCAGUACGGUUAUUCUGUGUGGCACAAUAAGAAGAAGACUGAAAUUAGUGCCCCCUCCAGUCACAAAAUAGGCAUCUAUCUGGACUAUCCGGCUGGCGCUCUGUCCUUUUAUAGCAUCUCAGACACCAUGACCCUCCUGCACAGGUUCAACACCUCCUUCACUGAGCCGCUCUACCCAGGGUUUUGGGUUGGAGAAAACUCCAGUGUGACAAUCUGUCCUCUGUACCAGUCUGACCAGUGAUAGGCGUCAUCUGCAGGCCUCCGAUCACACAGACAGGUUAAAAUGAAAAUUCAAUAGGUUGCGCUGAAAUCCGUAUGUCAUUUCUAUGCAGAAGUCUGAAUGACCACCCAGGUAACUGAAUACAAAGGCACAUUGGUUAGCAGCUCCACGUCACUGACUUUAAGUCCAGGUCAAGUCAAUGUCUGUGUGAAAUUUCCACGUUCUUCUAUUGUCCAUGUGGCUUUUUCCUCUGAGUCCUCCAAUUUCCCUCCUAGAUCCCAAUUUCCUUUGUUUUAGGUUUUAAUGGGUGUGUGCAUGAGAGUCCCCUUUGAUGGACUGGCAUCCCAUCCCAUGCUGUCUCUUCCCUGGUGACCAGGGUAGACUGCAGGUCACUGUGAGCCUUGAAUUAGUUGCAAUGGACUCUUGAAAUGGACAUUUGGAUGAGUUCUCCAGUCCUGUUCUUAUUUGUCCACAAAUGCUUUUCAGUUUUACUUAGCUAACAUGAAGAUGUUGCCCACCAUCACAUUCCUAGCUUCUUAUAGAGAUCCCACCACCCAGAUGAGUCAGAUAACCACCUUAGCAUGACAGAGAAUUACCCUGAAAUGACCCUGACGGAGGUGACCUAAUCCCAAAAUGGCUUGAAACGUAUUAGAGAAGGAGUCGAGGAGAUGAGAUAACACGACAAACGAAAAAAGAGUUGAACUUAAUAUGUAGAUUCACAGGGUCACUACUGUCAUGUGAAAGGCUGAGUCAGAUGUGCUAAUCGCCACUCGCUGGUGCCAUGUUAGGAAGAAGAACUACCUGAUCUCGAAAUGUCUCUCUGCUUUACCUGAAAGAUGUCAAAACACGCUUGUGAUAAAAGAAAAAGGUUUAACAAAUGAGGUCAGGUAGACGUGAAAGGCGAUUUUGUCGGCGCGCAUUUGUCAAAAACCAUUUAGCAGGUUUGUUGGCGCUCAUUUGUCUGUUGCGGUUUUGUCAAGGCGCAUAUGUCUAUCGCGCUUUUGUCGGUGAACCGUCACAUGGUACCCGUUAAUUCAUAUUUUCAUGUGCUAAUCGAUGUGUGACAUGUCACCACUCUCCAAUACCUCAAUUAUUGAGCAGAAUUCCCGGACCUCAAAACUUAUAGUAAUAAUAAUACAUUUUAUUUAUGUAGCACCUUUCAUACACUCAGGGACACUUUACAAUUCAAUACAAGACAAUAGAAAUUACAUACACGAAGAAGAAUAAUACUUAUUGAAGAGAUGUGUUUUUAACAGAUGUUUGAAAUUAAUAAUAGACUUUUCUAUGGGAAGGCUGAGAGGGAGAGAA